AUGACCAAAAAUUAUUUCUGGAGCGAUGAAGAAAAUUGCCUUAUCUACAUAAAUGCAUACUUAAAUAAAGCUACAUAUUGUACAAAAGAAGGUUGGACUGGAUUUGAGCUCUACAUAUACGACGACGAUGGAAACAGACGUUGUGUAUACCCAUACGAUAAUAUGUACCAUUGUUUUCAUCAAGCAUUAAACGAAUACAUAGUCAGUAAGGGUCUCAUUCCUGUUGAGUAG